AUGGAAAGCCCAGACUCGAAUGAGACAUCAGGCACCCCACGGAUUGACAUCGUCAGUGGAAAAGCCUCUCUUGCAGAGAACGUCCAAUUUCGGUUUGGCACUCGAACCAUCCAAGCUACUGGCUCAGCAGCAGACCGUUGUCACCCCAAUGUUCUCCUCCUACGGAUAGAGCAGACAAUUGUUCAAUAUGCUAUCCAGUCCCUGUUUCAAGUUCUAUCUACAGUAACUGGAUCAUGGAUUGAAAGCAAAUUCCCAGAGUGGUUUCUACCAGAAAGAUUUGUUCUGAAAUUCCAGAAAAUGAAUUGGGAAGAAGAAUUUGACAAUGAACUUAUUGCAUACUAUAAACUGCAACCAAUUCAAGGUCUAACCAUACCGAAACUCUUCGGCAUUACUCAGUAUAGCAAUACUCGCGCUCUGAUACUCUCAGACAUUGGAGGUUAUUGUGUCGCAACUCCUGAAGGCGCCGUACUGGAUGAGCAAGAUAUGAGGCCCCUGAUGUAUCAUGCCUUCAAAUCCUUGCAUGACUUUGGUGUCUCUCAUGGGGAUACCAAACUGGAUAAUUUUCAUCUUAUCACAGAUAAUGGAAAGGACAAAAUCAUGAUAGUUGACCUGGAAUCGGCAGAUUAUGAACAAACCGAGGAAGAACUUACAUAUACAGCCAAGACUAAAACAAAUUUUGUAAUGCGGCAAUAUCACAAUCACUUGAAAUGUAUGAAACAUGAUUGUUUACUCCUUCCGAGGCGGCCAAUAAAAGCAUAA